UCAGUUUAACUGCAGCUUAACCUAGUGGCUAGGUUCAGAUUAUAAAAUUUGUUGUUUGUUGACUAGUAUUCAUAGGAACCUAAAUUUUGCGUAACGGAAUGACAACAUUCUUCUUCUAUCCGAAUAGGGAAGUGCAGGAGGAAUUGGCCUGCACGGCAAAGGCUCUUGUUGCACCCGGCAAGGGAAUUAUUUCCGCAGACGAAUCAAUAUCGACAAUGUCCAAGCGAUUCCAAACGGUUGGUGUUGAGAAUACUGAAGAGAAUCGUCGACUGUAUCGGCAGCUGCUCUUCACAACGGACCCAAAGAUAUCAGAGAAUGUUUCUGGUGUCCUCAUGUUUCACGAGACCCUUUACCAGAAGACCGACAACGGGCUUUCCUUUGCCGAUGUUCUGCGCAAGAAAGGCAUCAUUCCAGGCAUUAAGGUAGACAAGAAUUCAGUGCCACUUUUCUGCUCCAUGGACGAGUACACCACCCAGGGACUAGAUGACCUACACUUGCGCUGUGCUCAGUAUAAAAAGGAUGGCUGCGACUUUGCCAAAUGGCGUUGUGUAAUUAAGAUUGAUAAGAAUACGCCGUCCUAUCAGGCCAUCAUGGAGAAUGCCAACGUCCUGGCCCGGUAUGCGACCAUCUGCCAGUCGCAGCGUAUCGUGCCCAUUGUGGAGCCCGAGGUGCUAAUGGUUGGAGACCACGACUUGGAUCGUUGUCAAAAGGUCACAGAAGUCGUGCUGGCUGCCGUCUACAAGGCUAUGAGUGAUCAUCACGUCUAUUUAGAGGGCUCAAUACUCAGCCCCAGCAUGGUGACUGCCGGCCAGAACAGCAAUAAGAACAAUACGCCCGGCGAAAUCGGAAUGGCUACCAUAUUGGCUAUGCGACGAACUGUUCCACCUGCCGUGCCCGGUAUAAUGUUCUUAUCGGGCGGCAUGUCCGAGGAGGAAGCCUCCAUUAACCUGAAUGCCGUCAACAAUGUGCCUCUGUGCAAGCCAUGGGCGCUGAGCUUUGCCUUUGGACGCGCUUUGCAGGCCUCGGCCUUGCGCUCCUGGGGCGGCAGAAAGGAUAACGUUCUCGCAGCCCAAAAUGAACUUAUUAAACGCGCCAAGGCUCACAGCUUGGCCAGCAUUGGCAAGUAUAUACCUGGAUCCACUGAAGGCGCAGCGGGUGGCGAAAGAUUGUUGGUCGAUGCAUAUGAAACAUGAGCUCCUGCAAGGAUAAUACAGAGGCACGCGCUGCUAGCAGCAUCCCCUCUAGUCAUGACGUUACCAUUUAUAAUUGACAAAGUAAAUAUGUACAAAUAUAUAUGUGCAUUCAACAGCA